UGAGGGAUAUUCAACUAGUAUCUAUAAUUCGUAUUCAUAAUUUCAUACAAGUGAAUGGUAAAAGAGUUUCGCAUAAUACUGAAAAAAUCAGGCUUGGCCGAACAAGUGACAAUGUUGAGCUACAUGGGAUUCCAUUUUACUUAUUUACUUCCAGCUAUCGGAGUAUUGGCGUUAAUAACUCGGCCAUUUAUCGAUCGUUUCGAAAUUACUAAAAUUGCAUUUAUAAGCGUCGUAGCACUUCUCUACGCAACACCGUGUUACAACUAUAAUAUCGCCAAUGAAGCGAGGACCUAUACACCGGAAAGACUCUUAGGCGUUUUGGGAAAUGUUCCCGUCGAAGAGUAUGUGUCCGUCAUCCUACAAAUCGUCCUAACCUCGCUGUGGGCAAUGCUCUGUGUCCGGUGGAAAUUUCCGUUUUUAAAUUUCAACCACGACAAACAGAGUUAUCAAACAAUCCGAUGGAUACCGAUUUUGUUGCUGAGCAUUGUCACGGCCAUCGGUUACAGAAUGGCCGUUCCGGGACAAGAAACGUUUUAUUUUGGGAGCAUUCUGUGUUGGGCGUCUCCGGUGAUCAUAGUCAUGUGGUACGGGGCCGGAAACUAUUUCGUAAAAAUUUUGAUACCUUCCGCUUUCGCGAUUGUGGUGCCGACGUUAUACCUGUUGUGGGUGAAUUGGAUAGCCCUGAAGGAGGACUUUUGGCAUCUGAAUAAGAAUACUAGUUUAAACAUGUCUGUGGCUGAAGGAUUGCCUUUAGAAGAAGCUCUGUUUGUCUCCAUAACGACUGCCAUGAUUGUCAUGGCGGGAGCCUGUUAUGACAAGGCGUACGGUACGAUCGUAACGUUUACGUUGAUAUACCCUCAUCAGUUUAGUAUCAGUAGAAAAUUCAUUUGUCAGAUGUUUGAAGCAUUCGUCACUCCAGAAUGUUCUCUGCCUUCAAUUGUAACGGAAGAUUUAAUAACUAUUAUGAAAUCACUGGACAACGCAAAAACAAUGUUCACUUCCUGUUAUUUAUACCAUUAUGGAAUUCGUAUAGAUCUUCUUUUGCAGUACGCUUUUGCUCGUUAUUCGGAUAAUAUAAUGGAUGACGCAUCGAAUAUGGAAAAUAAAAAACUAAAAUUAAAGCUUCUCCAGAGAUAUAUUGGUGAGUGUUUUGCUGGCAGAAAAGAUUAUGAAGUCAAAUCAGUACCAGAGGAAGUAAUUAUUGAUUGGACCCCAUACGAAGCAGAGUUCACCGAUGAGGAAAUGGCAUGUUUUCGUGCAUUAUCAAGAAUUGCAUUUUUUUUGGCUCGUAAGCCAUAUGAAGAGUUACUCGCUGGUUAUGAAUUUGAUCUUACUAAUGCGAUAAUAUACAAAACAGAAAAAGACAUAAUCGAUUAUUUUACCUUGAUAGCAGGAAGUUUCGGUGCGAUGUGCGUUUAUUCAUUCUUGUAUAGGUUUAAUAUUGAGAAAUAUGAUUUUGUUGAAAAGGACGAUUAUGUAAUUAAAAAAGCAUAUCAAUUAGGAAAUAGCCUACAAUUUGUGAACAUUUCCCGGGAUCUCGUCUUCGACAGCGAAUCGUGGGGUCGUGUCUACUUACCUACUGACUACAUGGAGGACGAAGAAAACGAUUUAAGGGUCUUACGUAAAGAAAAGAAUCCGAGGGCUCUGGGAAAUGAUAAAUUGAAUAGAUACGCUAAUAAGAUGAACGAAUUAUGUGACAAAAACUUAAGGGAAUCGAUAGAUGUUAUUAAGCGUAUGCCGUUUGAAAUAAGAGGUUUAAUUCUGACAUCUGUUGAACUUUAUCGAGCGAUUUAUUAUUGCGCCAUCAAGUAUAGUGAAAAAUUUCCUAACAAAGCAAAAUUAACUUUGUUGGAUAGAUAUAAGGUAUUAUUUAAGGUCCUUUAUAUCGAUAGUCUCCAAUACCUGUUAUAAGUGGAAUGUAACAUUAUGCAGUUGUUUUUUCUUAAUUAGUGGAGGUACCCUAACUUUAUUUUUUAUAUAGUAUGGAUGAUCUUUUUUACUCACUAAUA